GCUGAAAAUGCAGGCAGCAACUGAUCUGUUGUGAUGUGAAUAAGAUAGAGGUUACUCUCAUGUUUUUGAGUUCUUCUUCAUACCUUACAACCCAAAAAAUAGGGUUUUUGCCUAACAUAGCUUGGUAUCAUUGUGAAAUUUUGCUUCUUCUGGUACUCUGACGUCAAAUCUUCCUGUUUGCAUUGUUAUUUCAUUUGAUUGCUUCUUUGGAGAUGUCCGAGGAUGGUCCUCCAAAGCUGACGAAUAAUGCUAACACUGCCGUUGCACAGGAUUCUAGACAGAUGCAACAGCAGCAGGCUCGCGCUGCGAAUGGUUCUGCGGGACUGCGCAGCCUUGCACCGAGGCAGCAGUGUUCUACGACGGAGAUGAUGCGCAUGGUGGGGACCAUGUCUCAAGGCGCAAAUCUUCCACGUCAGAUGCAGGCGCAACAGCAAUCGAAUGUGAGGACUUCACAAGGGACAGCACAAAUGGUGCAGUUACAUCAGGUGCAGCAAGUGCCGGUAGCCGGUCGUGUUAUCACAAUGAAUUCGAUGCAGGCACCGCAACAGCUCAUUCCUGUCCCUAUGCGUAUGGUCUCCAACGGCACGCCGAUGAGUGACGGUCAGCAGACGACUAACUCAAUCCAGCUGAUGCCACAAUUCCUCUCGGCAAACGCUCGCAUAGGGCAGAAUAUCAGGUUCAUGCAUCCUGGCGAUGGUACACACACGGUAUCUUCACAACAAGCCGCUAUGGUGAAUGCACUGCGACCUGGAAAUACUGCCCUGAUGGUUGUACAAGGACCUAAUGGCCCAAUGGUUCUAAAUGCGUCCGCAAUGCAUCCCGGUAUGAUUCCGCAAAAUCUUGUACCUGUCGGCAUCGCCCAAGGUAUCCAAGGCAUGCAGACAAUGCAGAAUGUGCAACGGCAACAACAGCAGCAACAUCAGCAACAAAUGCAGCAGCAUGUGAAAACUAUGACCAGUCGCUGCAAAAAACGACGUCCGGAGAGUGGUUCGGGAGAAAUGAGCGUGGGGGAGUAUCUAGCGCUAGGUAUGGAUGAGAAAGGGAAAGCGGAAACUGCUUCAUGCGGUACUGAUAGUCCUGACACGGCAGGAGAUGCACCGCCAGCAUUAGAUAGGGGAGAUUCUGUAGACGAUCCGUCGCCUCCACCGGUCUCGGAUGCUGCCAAGUCCUUGGAAUCUAUCUUUGUCAGGGAAGCAUUGGCUUUUCGCGCACGAGGUGGUGGUUGCGGAAAACCUUUGGUGCACUAUAUGGAUGGAUUCACCAUUGAGGAAUCAGAUGUUCCGUUUCCGUUAGCACAGUACGACAAAAUCACGGAGAUAGUUUCUUCUGAAGUUUUGGACGACAUUAUGCCUCUUAUCGCAGACAUUGACGUGAAGAACAAAGUUGAGGAAAAGGCCCCCACGAAAGAAAAGAACAAUUCGUCCAAAGCGAAACAAGCGACACCCACAAAGGCAGAUGCUGAGAAUGAGGGCAAAAGAAAGGUACCAGCCCGCACACGCCGGUCAGCCACUCACACAGAAGGCCGCACGAACAAGCCGAAGAAGGAGGAACCUGAAGCUACUCCUGAGCAUGUUGAGGAGCGCAAGCAAUCCAAGAAUCGACGUACAACACCUGUGCAGCAUCCACCAAGAAGAAGGACAAAUGAGCUAGAGUUACUUUUAAGUAUGGAUUUUGGUCCAAAAGAUGCUGGAAGGCGUAUUCUGGAUACGGAGAAACGAAAAAGCGUGCUUGACAAGGAAAAACGUCUUUCAUCAGAAACUGGCGACGAACAUGACAAAUCGGACCAUGCAGAGAAAACUCGAACAAAGCAGAAGAAGCGAAGUUCUCAAUCCACAGCUACCGAAAGUCCUGUCAAACCUGAACGCUCUCGAUCUUCUGUCGACUCCUCGGAUACCCAUAGCCAUUCAUCAAAGAGAAGCAGUGGGAAGCAUGACAAAGCGAAAGAGAAGGAAAAGGAAAGGGAAAAAGAGCUAGCAGUUUUAAAUACACCAACAGUAAGCAUGCGUAUGCUGCCCUCGUCUGAGGACUCGCCAGAAGAUCGAUGCCUUUAUUGCAAGGUUUCAUUCAAGGAGAAAGAACGCUCAGUCUCUACACCGCAGUACUGCUCGACAAAGUGCCGUCGCUCGUAUCAGUCCAUGAUGGCAAGCGAGAAGAACGGACGCAAAUUUUCAGAAACAAUGAAACGGAUCUCCGGUGGCUCGGAAGGUACGCUGUCGUCUUCAUCAAGUUUGGCCGAUCUACGGCCGAAGGUAGAAGAGGAAGUCACUCCACCGUCGUCUAGAGGAAGCAAAAGCGAAGAGUCGUCUAAUUCCAAGAAAGCAUUCAGUGCGCUGCUUGAUAGUUCUCGUAAUACAACACCUGCACCACCGCCACGCGGAGUUGUCUCUCCGACAGCAGUACAGCCUACAACUCUGCGAACGUCGAUGUCUUCUCCAGUGGUCAACGACCAUUCACCAGUAUUGGAUCACGCUGUAGGUGUCGUUACUCCGGUGACAGCUUCAAGUGGACCUCUCAAUGUCCCUGGUGUUGACUACGACAUUGACCCAAAACUGUGGCCGCCUGACAUGGCUGCACGUUGGGCACAAGCAGUGACGGGAUCAGAGACAUGUGCUGCCACAUUCCGACGAGAAGAAGUUGACGGGGACGCUAUGCUAAUGAUGGGUUUCGACGAUCUGCGCAGCCAUCUUGCUUUCACCUUUGGUCCUGCUAAGAAGCUACAACUUGCAAUUGAACAGUUGAAAGUUUUCCGCCAGCAGAUGUAUGGCAGGCCUUGACUGAUCUUAUAUUAUGGAGUUGAAUUGUACUGAUCUCUGAAACUUUGCAAAAUUUUUUGGUUUUUUCCUUGAAGUAGUGUUCUACCGUGGGGCGGAAAACUUUGGAACAAGCAUAACCUUUGAUUGUUCGAUUGAAUAAUAUUUAUGUAACGAAAGUACCACUGUCUGGCUAACAAUGUAAUGAUAAGCUAACAUCAUGGUGCAAUUUAGGAAAGCACUUUCGUAAUAACCAUGUUUAUAUUCCCUGUCACACAUAUCUCGUCUUUGCACGUUAUCACAUAAUAAUAAAUUUUUGUUAUCUACGUUGAUAAGUUUAUUUUUUGGUAAUUCAGAG